AUGAAUUCUGCAACUGGCAAAAAACCACCUAAUUACAACUCCAGAAACUUAGUCAAUACUAACAACAUCAACAGCAAUAUCGCCAGCAAUAACGUCACCAACAAUUCCAGCAACAAUAAUGCCAGCCCUAUUUCCAUCUCCAAUACCAAUCCUAAUACUCAGCUCUCCAAUCCCACCGACAACUCUAAUAUAUCAAGCUUAAUAAGCGAAAUACCAAACGCAACCAAAAUCAUCAGCAACAUUAUCAAGCCUAUAAAUAUCAACUUGAAUCCCAAACAAGUUUAUGUUUGGCGAGAUUUUGGAGACUACUUGAAUAGAUGCAAUCACAUCCAACUAACUGAUCUUCAAGAGUACACCAGCAAUAACAAUAACAAUAACAAUAACAAUAGCAAUCCUGAAAACUAUAAUAUUAAUAAAAACAUUGACACACACUGGAACAUUUUCAAGAACCCAAAUUUAAUCACAAAUAACCCACUCUCAAAACCCUUCAAAUACAGAAUAUGCAAUAUUUGUCAAAGGCCAAUAUUGGAAUCAGUAUUGAUAGAUCACUUGAACAAUUGCAUCAAAAACAAACCUGAAAUACAAAAAAAUAAACUUAAUAAUGAUAACUUAUCCAACAUCAAUUACGCUACAAAUAAUGUCAACUCUGCUAAUGGUCCGAAUUUAAAUAAAAAUUUAGGCUUCAAUUGUAUUAGCAUAUCUUCAAAUCAGAUCAAAAUCAAGAAAACUCCAGGACGAAAACGUAAAAACAGCUCCAACUCAAAGGAUAAUACCCCAGCAUCUAUGACAAAUUCUCCCAAUAUCAAUACUCCAAAUUUAACUGAUUCGAACUCAGAGAAACCAACUACUCAAAGAAAAACCAAAAAAAUCAAACUUCCCAAGGAAAAAAAAGUCAAGGCUCCCAAAGAAAAAAAAGUCAAGGCUCCCAAAGAGAAAGCAAAACAAAAGGAGAAAAAACAAAAACCCUUGCCUAAAAUUAAGAUCAAACUACCGGUUGAUGUCGAAAUUCAAUGUGGUGUUCUCUCAAGCAAUGGUGUUUUAUGUGGAAGAUCAUUGACAUGUAAAAUGCACUCAAUGGGUCUUAAAAGAGCUGUGCCUGGAAGGUCAGCAUCCUAUGACAUUUUGUUGGCAGCAUAUCAAAGAAAAAACCAAGUCAAAAUGGCAGCAGAUCUAGCAAACGCACAGGCAAAGAAGGACAACCUUGUUCAUGGGAGAGAUCAACCUUUGGACAGCGAUGAAGAAUGUGAAUUGGUUCUCAAAGGCGUCAAAAAUAGCAUCCCCAUGCCCUUAGAGGUCUCCACCAUCAUGCCUAUCAGAUCAAGAACCAACUACUUGCGAAUGUGCCAGUUUUUCACUGGCAAUCUCAUCGCGUCUGCCCCCUCAGGCCAGAACAACCUCAAGGACAAUGACCAAUAA